GAAAUAACACAAGUUUUCGCGUAAUAGUCGCAAAAAAAUUAAUUCUAUUAAUUUUAACUUUAAUUUAUAAGAAAUUUUUGAAACGAAAUAGUUAAAAAAUAUGGAUAAACCACCAAAAACAUCAUCUGGUUUUGUAUCACGCAAUUUGGUGACUAUUGUUAUGGUGCCCACCAUAAUUGCUUUGCAUUUCGGUUGGAGUGCCAUGCAAAAAAACCGAUCAUUGGUUCAGGAACAUGAAGAAAUUGAUUUGCCCGUUGUAACCUUUUAUAAGUAUUGUCUAAGAAGGUUGGGAGUAGGUGAGACGUCUACCAAGGUGGCAGCUGUUAAGGCCGAUAAUCCUUAGAAUUUAAGUUGUCUCUGUGCUUAAUGUAUUGUAAAUAAUUCAUGUAUUAAACUUUUUUAGUUACAUAGUUGUGAAAUAAAAUUUCGGUUUUAAUACAAA